AUGGAUGGGCUGCUGGAGAGACCAAUGCUGUCCCCUUCUGUCGCCAUUGACACUGCCAGCUACAAGAUCUUUGUGUCUGGGAAGAGUGGAGUGGGCAAGACGGCGCUGGUGGCCAAGCUAGCUGGCCUGGAGGUGCCUGUGGUACACCAUGAGACUACUGGCAUCCAGACCACCGUGGUGUUUUGGCCGGCCAAGCUGCAGGCUAGCAACCGUGUCGUCAUGUUCCGCUUUGAAUUCUGGGAUUGCGGGGAGUCUGCACUCAAAAAGUUUGACCACAUGCUGCCGGCUUGCCAAGAGAAGGCAGAUGCUUUCCUCUUCCUCUUCUCCUUUACUGACCGUGCCUCCUUCGAAGACCUUCCUGGACAGCUGGCCCGAGUAGCAGGCGAGGCCCCUGGUGCCGUCAGGAUUGUCAUUGGCUCCAAAUUUGAUCAGUACAUGCACACGGACGUGCCCGAGCGGGACCUCACAGCCUUCCGGCAGGCCUGGGAACUGCCCCUCCUGCGAGUGAAGAGUGUGCCGGGCCGGCGGCUGGCUGAUGGGCACACGCUGGACGGACGGGCAGGGCUAGCUGACAUUGCUCACGUGCUCAACGGCCUAGCUGAGCAGCUGUGGUACCAGGACCAGGUGGCAGCUGGCCUGCUCCCCAGGCCUCCAGAAAACACCCCUGACUAA